UGUGUGGUCCAUAGUUUGGGCUGCAUGGCCACAAUCGCGCUACUGUGGCACGUCUGUAAUUUAACAUUUCUGAAGUCGAGAUGCACAUCAGCCUGUUGAUGUUCCGAUGCGGUUGAUGAUUACAACCAGCGUCUUCAAGGAGGAAUGUCAGAGCCAGGACGUGCAAUGUUUGACUCUCAGAUGUGGUGUUUAUUCUGGACUUCCACGUUGUUCCACUCUGUGCACUUGUCACUCUUAGUAGGGGAAACUAUGGUCAAGUUGACGUGAGUAAUAUGGCAACAAACAUUUUGGAGGGCGACUUCCUCAAUUUAAUGGCUGCCGCAAUUUCACGUCGAUAAUUCAGGACGCGGCGAACUCACGCUGACGCACGUCUGAUUGUGUCGCCUUAUGACAAGCGGGUGUUGUCGGGGACGUUAAACUCUACGCGCUCGCGUCGAGCUCGGCGAGCGAGCCGGUGGGACGCUUCGAGAGUAACUUCACAAUGGCGAAUAUCCACGAUGCCCUCGGUGAAUGACGGCGUUAUUGUGUGUGCCCCGUGCUUUAAGGCUCCACCGACGUCCUCACAUGCCUCCUGCGCUGCUCCUCCGCAAGUCCAUGCCCACUCCUCCCGCACAGCCCCACCACCCCGCACAGCCCCACCACCCAGCACAGCCACCCGAGCUUUUGCACCCCUGCUGGCCAGUGUACCUUACGCCGUCGCCGCCGUCGCCGCCGCCUCCACACCCGGCCAGCACCCGACUGACGAGCGCCAUGCCCAGCAGCGACACUCGCUUGCCUCCCAACACCAGCUCCACUGUAGCAGUGUCUGGAGCGACGUCAAAAUCCUCCAAGUCGGCCAAAUCGAAAUUGGCCAAAUCGUCCAAGUCGUCAAAAGCACCGGCAGCAGCAGCAGCCGCAGCAGCAGCAGCCAACGCCGAGAAGACAAGGGAGGAGAGAGGUGGCGGCCCGGCCGGUGUCGCAGCUGCUGCCGCUACAGCUACUGGUGCCGGUGGUGGAGGUGGCAUCGCUACGAGUGGCGGCGGCGCGGCGUGCGACUACGUCCCGAUCUGGCCGCACGAGCUUGCAGAGCGCCUGCGCUGCUCCGAGCCCCCGCCUCCCAUGCUGCUCGACUGCCGCCCGUUCGGCGAGUACACGCGCUCGCACAUCCGCGGCGCGCUGCACGUCAACUGCUCCGACCGCCUCUCCCGCCGGCGCCUGGCGCAGGGCAAGCUGCGCGUCACCCAGCUCGUGUGUCCCGCUGCCGCGGCGACGACGGACGGUCCGGCUGGCGCCACGGGGGACGCGGCGGGAGGAUUGGCGCAGGCCUCGUCGACGUCGGCGCCGGCGGCGGCGGCGGCGGCGGCGGCGGCGGUGGCGGCGGCAGGGCCGCCCCGCCGGGACAUGGUGCUCUACGACGGCAGCUCGGGAGACCCUGCAGCGGCACUCAAGCUGGUGCUGGAGAGCCUGCGCAGGGAGGGGGCCGACCCGCUUGUGCUUAGAGGCGGGCUGAGCGACUUUCGGGCGCUGCACGAGUCACUCUGCGAACACCACGGGGUGGAAGAUGUCUCCGAGGCGACGUCGCCAUUUGACGCGCACGUCAACGGUCGAGCCGGCGCACUCCUGCGAUCAUCCGCAUCGCCGGACGAGCGUAGCGGCGCCACCUCCUCCACCGCCACGACCGCACGGAGCCAGGGGUUUUUGGCGGCGGCUGGAGCCGUCGGCGGCGAAGUUUCGCAGGAGAGCAGCGACGCGUCCCGGCUCCUGCCGUACCUGUUCGUGGGUGGGGAGCGGGCGGCGCGCGACCUCCCGACCUUGCGCCGCCUCAACGUGGGGCUGGUGCUCAACGUGACGGCGCACGUGCCGCACUACCACGCGGGCGCCGGCGGCAUCGCGUACCGCCGCCUGCCGGCGAGCGACACGCACGGCCAGGACCUUCGCCAAUACUUCCGUCCGGCCUUCUUGCUCAUAGAGGAGGCGCGCCGCUGCGGCUGCAGCGUGCUGCUGCACUGCCAGGCGGGCGUGUCGCGCUCACCGACCGUCGCCAUCGCCUACGUGAUGCGCCUCCGCGGGCUGGGCGCGUCGGACGCCUACGCCUUCGUGCGCGCCCGGCGCGCCGCCGUCGCGCCCAACCUCAGCUUCAUGGGGCAGCUGCUGCUGUACGAGCGCGAGCUGGCGGCCGAGAGGAACGCGGUGGUCUCCUCGCCGGCGCAGCGCGCGCUGCCCUGAGCCGAACGCCGGCACGUCAGCCCUGCCGGGAUCGCGCCGUGUGCCUCCGAUUAGCACGGUUGGCUCUGCACGGUGCGAAAGGAGUUCAACAUCCGUGUACAUACGUACGUGUAAACCAGGGGUGCCGAACUUCACGGCAGCCCGGCGAAGUAGGGGUUGCCACCUCCUCAAGGUACCAAACGACUGGGACAUACCGCGAGAGGAGGAAUAUCUCACGAUACCAGAUGUGGGGUGAUCCACCAGUAGACGCAUCAUCUUGGGUAGUGUAUUAUUAUGCAGCUGGCAAAAAAGGAGGGUUUUAAUGCCCUGGGAAGGCUUGAUAGAUUUCCCAGGAUAGCUAUCUGAGAGGACGAUUCUGGUAAACUGGGAGAGGUGGCAACCCCCACGGAGAAGUAGCCAGUUGGCCCAGGGGGUUGAUAACGGCGUCGGAGCAGCGUCUGGCACUGCUGAGAUCUUGGGUUCCACCGUGAGUUUUAGCCGACCUAUAAUCAAACCAGGUUUUCACGUCUCAACCCGGUCACCAGUGACUGCCCAAACAAACCCAUUGUUGGAUUGGGUUUUUUUACUUAGUGCGGUCUAUAUUACAGCUCUUGCGGAUUAAGUGUAAUUAGUAGAGUCGGGAAAACGAGCAGCAACAGGCCUAACUCUGCUGGAAGCCUGUCCAGAGUUUGCCUGCAUAGACAAAUACUGCUGGAAAACCCUGGUACAUGAACCCCGAUAGGCCGAUGGACUAAAAUCUAACAUCAUUAUUCCGUGAUGCAGAAGAGCAACGUCUCAUCGUUUUUUAACAUAAUACCCACAAUGCAUUGCAAUGCAUUAGUGAGUUGCGUGGCCUCUACCAGCUCGUAGAUCAGUGGUGGGCAACCUGCAUCCUGAGGAGCUGCUCACGGUGGCCUGAUCUCAGUGUGUCUCUCGGGCUGUGCGUGGGGUCAUGAUUAGUGCACAAGCACGAUGUCAAGCUUGCGGCCCUCUGAGGUGAAGGAGGGGCCGCUCACGUGGACCACUGUCAGAUUUUGGGUCGCCCAUCGCUGUCACAGAUUCUGGGUCGCCCAUCGCUGUCACAGAUUCUGGGUCGCCCAUCGCUGUCACAGAUUCUGGGUCGCCCAACGCUGUCACAGAUUCUGGGUCGCCCAUCGCUGUCACAGAUUCUGGGUCGUCCAUCGCUGUCACAGAUUCUGGGUCGUCCAUCGCUGUCACAGAUUCUGGGUCGUCCAUCGCUGUCACAGAUUCUGGGUCGCCCAUCACUGUCACAGAUUCUGGGUUGCCCAUCACUGUCACAGAUUCUGGGUCGCCCAUCACUGUCACAGAUUCUGGGUCGCCCAUCACUGUCACAGAUUCUGGGUCGCCCAUCACUGUCACAGAUUCUGGGUCGC